UCUAGACUACACCAUGGCCAAACCGAACAAAUCAAUGGAACCUUUUGGAGCUUCUUAGGGUUAGCAUUUAUCUCAUCCGUCUCUCUACUUUUCCUUUCUUUUCUAGAUUUUUGACUUCUUUUUCUCUUUCUUCAAUACUGCUUCGCACCAUUUUCUUUCUCGAGAACUGAGAAAAUUAAUAUUCGCCUCACAAUCACAUUUAAUUUGCUUUGCUUCGUUACACUUUUGUUUGUUUGCCAAGAAAAUGUAAAGAAAGUGAAGGAAAAGUAAUCAGUACUACUUCGACUCUUGGGUUUUCCCUUAUUUGGAUCUCCACAAAGAAAACCCCUCACGUCACUGAGGUGGCCGGUGGGUAACAAGGGUUACAUGAAUUUUAUUUCUACUCCCAUAGGGUGUCUUCGGGAUGUCUCUGGAGAACUAUUUGGAUUCCGGCCACCAAUUGGCGGUGCCUCUAGUGGCACCAACUAGUGGGGAUGGGGGAUUUAUGGAAACUUUAAACUCUUGCAUGUCACUUCAGAAAGAUGGGCUGUCCAGUGCUGCAGUAGUCACACAUUUGGAUUUAUCAUUUGAAAAUUUUUCGAAUUCUCUAGCUAGAAUGGCGCAGAUGAACGCAAAUUUGGUGUCUGGUGACCUGAACUCAAGAGUCUUGGACAACAUUACAAGUUCAGGACUGAGCAUUGGGCCGAGCUCUGUAUUCACGGAUGCCAAUUUGCCACUACCUGUUGUUGCUCAUUUGCAGAGAAGUGGCAAUGCCAAUAUGGACUCUUACAUUGACUUGUACUCAUCACGCUUGUCAUUUAAUUUAAAUCCUUCAGCUGUAGAUGGUUCCUCUGUUGCACAACAACAGGUGUCCUCCUAUAUAGACCAAAACUGCCGACAAGGGCGUAAAAGGAUGCAACAACUGGAGGCAAGUUCCACUGCCACAACACAAAAUCGUCGUGGUUCACUUCCCAUAGGCAUAAAUCAGGAGCCUGGUGCUUUAACCCAAAUGCGUAAGAAACAGAGGCUAGACAUCAGCAAAGAGGAUCUUUUGCAUCAGCAGAUCGUUCAACAACUACUGCAAAGACAGGACCAUGUGCAGAUGCAAUAUCAUAAUCCACAGCUACAGGAAUUGAUUCAGCAGCAUAGAUUACAAAGUCAGCAAAAGCAAAAGCAACAAAUUUUGCAGUCAGUUCCACAGCUGCGUGGUGUUCAUUCACAGCAGCAACAAGAAAUGAGGCAGCAUUUACAGCAGCAGGUCCCUCAUCAAGUUUCUGCUGUGCACCCUCUUGAUGGUGGUGUUUGUUCUCGACGGUUAAUGCAGUACAUGUAUCAUCUGCGGCACCGACCACCUGACAAUAAUAUUACCUAUUGGAGGAAGUUCGUUGCAGAAUAUUAUGCUCCUGGUGCCAAGAAAAGGUGGUGUUUGUCUAUGUAUGAUGAUAUUGGACAACAUGCCCUUGGUGUUUUCUCACAGGUUGCUAUGGAGGCAUGGCACUGUGACAUUUGUGGUUCUAAAUCAGGGAAAGGGUUUGAGGCGAUUUAUGAAAUACUUCCUAGGCUUAGUAAAAUGAAAUAUGAGAGUGGGGUCAUUGAUGAACUUCUAUUCCUUGAUUUACCACACGAGCGUAGAUUCCAAUCUGGAUUAAUGAUGUUAGAGUAUGGAAAAGCAGUUCAAGAGAGUGUGUAUGAACAAUUCCGUGUUGUUCGUGAGGGUCAACUUCGUGUAAUUUUUAGUCACGACUUGAAGAUAUUGUCUUGGGAGUUCUGUGCUCGACAUCAUGAAGAACUUUUGCCUCGUAGAUUGGUUGCACCUCAGGUGAAUCAGUUGGUUCAGUCUGCAAAUAAAUGUCAAAGUACUAUAAAUGAUAAUGCUUCUGAUAGGCUUUCACAACAGGAUUUGCAAUUGAAAUGCAAUAUGUUCCUAACAGCAGGACGUCAGCUUGCAAGGAAUUUGGAGUUAAUACUGGUAAAUGACUUGGGAUUUGCCAAAAGAUACCUCAGGUGUUUGCAGAUUGCUGAAGUUGUCAGCAGCAUGAAAGAUUUGAUGACUUUCAGCCAUGAAAACAAUGUUGGACCAAUUGAGAGUUUGAAGAACUAUUUUCGAGAAGACACCAAAACUAAAACCCAGAUGAAGUGGGUGGAGCAAACCGAGCAGCAAGGCAGUGCCCAAGGUCUGCGGACUGAGAGAAAUAAGUUGAUGAUGCCUCCUGAUCCAACCAGCAACAUAAAUGACAACUCUCACAUGACUGAUGGUGGAAUUUUGGAAGACUCGGGAACAGCAUCACUGGCACUGACCAAUUACUACUACCAGACAUUGCUGAGACAGAGUUCUGCAUCCCAUAAUGUAGGCACGGUAAAGCAGGAGCCUCCUUCAAUGAGAUGUUCUAAUCAGAAAGCAUCUUCACCGGCUCUUGGCUCCCAAUCCCCAAGUACAGGACUGUUUUCUAGCUCACCCGACAAUGGUUUGUCAAUUUCCCAGUCCUCCCAUAGCAACAAGAUUCUACAGCAGCAUAUGAUCCAUAAAUUACUGCAGGAGAUGGUGACUAACACCAGAGCGAAUGGCAGGGUGAAGGAACAAGUCCCCGUUGAGUUCAAUGGAAGUACAUCCGAUGGCUUGACAAGAAGAUCCAGGGGCACAAUUAUGGUUGCGAAUGGGCCUGGUUGUGGUAAUACUAAAUCUACUGGCGGUGUUACUGGUAAUACGAAAUCUACUGGCGCUGUCACUGGUAAUGUUACUGGUAAUUCUAAAUCUGCUGGCGCUGUUACGGCAGAUGUGUUAGGUAGUGUCCCAGGGAGGACCAACAAUGUCAAUUCUGCAUCUAACAGUAGCUCUUCCCGGGUUUGUGGCAGUGGCACUUUAAUCAAGAGGGAACCCGAUCUUCCUGAGGAGUUCAAAAUGGCUGAUGACUUUACUGAAAUUGGGGACUUAACUGGUGACUGGAAGGGCAUGGGCUAUGACUGGAAGGCAUAGUUCAUUUUGAUUUAACGUUUUUGUUAGGUCUUCUGCGGAAUAUUAAGCCCAGCAUAGAGUUGUAUAGUUCUCGAGUCUUGCUAGUUAUCUCUAUCUUGUGAAAGAUAAAGAGGUUCAAAAGUUCAGUGUUAUGGAGUUAAUCCGAACCAAAACAACGAGUCUAUAGAGGUUAAGCAAUAUAUAUUAAAUACAAAAUGAUGUUUUUGAGAA